GAGCUCGGAGGAGGGAGCCCGAGAGUUGUGGAGACUAGUGAGUGGGAGAAGUCGCAGCCGCUCUGCGCGGCUCCUUCCCGCCCCCCGUCUCUUUCUCGCUCACACUCCGCCUCCCGCCCGGCCCGCGUCCUCGAGCCUGUGGGCCCCUGUGGUCUCUCCGGGCUUCGGCGCGGCGGGGGCGCCCCGGGGGUGCCCUCGCCCUCCGGGCGCGUGGACGGGCGGCGGGCGGGAUGUGGCGCCUGGUGCCCCCGAAGCUGGGCCGCCUGUCCCGCUCGCUGAAGCUGGCGGCGCUGGGUAGCCUGUUGGUGCUGAUGGUGCUGCACUCGCCGUCGCUGCUGGCUUCCUGGCAGCGCAACGAGCUGGCCGACCGGCGCUUCCUGCAGCUCAAUAAGUGCCCGGCGUGCUUCGGCACGAGUUGGUGCCGCCGCUUCCUCAACGGACAGGUGGUGUUCGAGGCGUGGGGCCGCUUGCGCCUGCUGGACUUCCUCAACGUGAAGAACGUCUACUUCGCGCAGUACGGCGAGCCCCGCGAGGGCGGCCGCCGCCGAGUGGUGCUCAAGCGCCUCGGCUCGCAGCGCGAGCUGGCGCAGCUCGACCAGAGCAUCUGCAAGCGGGCCACCGGCCGGCCCCGCUGCGACCUGCUUCAGGCCAUGCCCCGCACCGAGUUCGCGCGCCUCAACGGCGACGUGCGGCUGCUCACGCCCGAGGCGGUGGAGGGCUGGUCGGACCUGGUGCACUGCCCCUCGCAGCGCCUGCUCGACCGCCUGGUGCGCCGCUAUGCCGAGACCAAGGACUCGGGCAGCUUCCUGCUUCGCAACCUCAAGGACUCGGAGCGCAUGCAGCUGCUGCUGACCCUGGCCUUCAACCCCGAGCCACUGGUGCUACAGAGUUUUCCAUCUGAUGAAGGUUGGCCAUUUGCAAAAUAUCUUGGAGCUUGUGGAAGAAUGGUGGCUGUAAAUUAUGUUGGAGAAGAACUGUGGAGUUACUUCAAUGCACCAUGGGAGAAACGAGUUGACCUUGCUUGGCAGUUAAUGGAAAUAGCAGAGCAGCUUACAAACAAUGACUUUGAAUUUGCACUCUACCUCCUGGACGUCAGCUUUGACAAUUUUGCAGUUGGUCCUAGAGAUGGGAAGGUAAUCAUUGUGGAUGCUGAAAAUGUUUUGGUUGCUGACAAAAGGUUAAUUAGACAAAAUAAACCUGAAAAUUGGGAUGUAUGGUAUGAAAGCAAAUUUGAUGACUGUGAUAAGGAGGCUUGCUUGUCAUUUUCAAAAGAAAUUCUUUGUGCUCGUGCCACUGUGGACCACAAUUAUUACGCUGUUUGUCAGAACCUCUUAUCCAGACAUGCCACCUGGCGUGGCACUUCUGGAGGACUCCUUCAUGAUCCACCAAGUGAAAUUGCCAAAGAUGGCCGACUAGAGGCCUUGCUGGAUGAGUGUGCCAACCCAAAGAAGCGCUAUGGCAGAUUCCAGGCUGCAAAAGAGCUGCGUGAAUAUCUAGCACAAUUAAGUAACAAUGUGAGGUAGUCUCCGGUGAACUUUUCUUGUCUCCAUUUAAAUAGCACUGGCUGAAACUAAACCACCAAAAACCAUGGAAAAAUGAAAUUCGAAAGUAAUACGUUCUGAGAAUGAUAAACUUGCACUGAUCUUAGGUUAACAUCCAUCAAAAUAAGACAUUACUUCAAAUAUCACAUGAUGCUUCUGCAAAUAAGUUUGUUCUUACACUUGGAGACUUGAGCUGUCAUCGCCCCCCCUGAAUGCCUGAGUGGAUUAAUGAAUAUUGUUAAGCUAUUGGAAAUGAGUCUGAUAGUUACAUUGGCUUGUGUAUCAAAGGGUACUUGGUACUUGACUUAGUUUGCAUUAUUAUGAUUUUGUGAAUCUCUUGCAUUUACUUUGAAUGUUAAAUUAGACUGGCCUGUUUUAUAGGCCACUAUUUCCUUCUGAUGUUUAGUUUUUUUUUCUGUUUUUCUGUUUAAAUUGUACACAUUCAGGUCACUGCAGGUGUUUAAGUUUGGACUAGCUUUCAUUCAGUGCUAUGCGGUACACAUUUACUGUUAGGGCAGGAAUCCCAGGUACUGUGUUUUUUUUUUUCCAGAAAGCUGAAUAUUUUAUUAUGUAAAUACUUUUCUCCCCAUUUUCUGUGGUUUCACCAUUGCAUGAGAUCAUUUAAGGGUAUUUUAACAGUUAUAUCCCACUAUGCCAAUAAUUAUAAAUGUACACUAAACAUAAAGUUUGGCAUAUAUCGCAGAAUAUCAUUUUGUCUUUUAAAAGGCUCUAAGAAGAAUAUACCUAGCAAUCUACACCUUAGUUAAUUUUGAUUGAAGAAAAAAAACCCAGUAUUUUUUUUAAAUGUUAACUAGUCCAAGGUAGUAAUGUAUAUGCCAAAGAAAUAUUAGGCUUAGCCCCAUGGUUAGAUUUUAAAACUGAUCAUCUACUUAUUCUUACUAUCCCACUUUCACUAUUUUAAUUUUCAGUAUUAAAUUCAGAUCUUCCUAGUUAUUCUUUUAUGUUGAAAAGUUAAAGUACUGCUUCUAAGCAUAUGUAAGUUAAAACAUAUCCUACCUUUUAUUGAUGAAUAGUUUUGAAAAAAUUAAUAUAGUCAUCAUUUGAAUUUAAAUGGGCACCAUAACUUUUUAUUUAUUGAUGGACUAGGAAUAUUUACUCUAAGGCAGUUUUGCCAGUCUGUCCAAUGUGGUCUUCCUUACCCAUUUAUUAGACAUCAAACAUCAAAUUUAUGUGGAUAAAAUUAACAAACAUGAAAUUUGUAGGCUGUUUAAAAAGUUACAGUAUAAAUUAUCACAAACAGGUGAUACUUUUUUCUGUUUAAAAUUAUGGCAAAGUUUGGUGUAGUGUGCUGUAUUUAGUUCUACACUGACCUUCCUCUAAAUCAGAAAGUGGUUAAAUAUGCACAACUAAAGCCAUGCUUUUCUUUUCUUUUUCAUUCAUUCAGCAACUGUUUAUUGAGCACCAGCUCUGUGCCAGGCACGCUCCUAGCUGCUACACACCAUCUGAUCACAACGUGUGGUUAGGUGACUUUACAAUGGUCAUCAAAUACUUCAAUGUAGGUGUUUCUUAAGUUGAAAUAGUGUUGAUUAAAUUAGUAUUGAUGCUUUCAUGUUAUUUUACUGUUGUAAUGGAAAUCCUACUUGUACCAUCUAACUGGGUUACUACAAAAAAAGAGCAGAAUGAAAUCAGUAAGGAUAAUCCCAGCUUAAAAACUGGAAGGAGAAGGGUCAGAUAUCUCCAUUAUAAAUAGAUCACAUUAUGUCAAUUUUUAUACAUCAGUACAUGACAUAUAUCAGCUAGCCCUCAAAGAAAUGUCUUAAGUGCUGGAAGUUUGACUAAGCUGACUUUUCAACUUCGGAAAACUUCUGAGGUGAGUGGUUAAAUUACUUGUCAAACAUUUGCCUCUUACUCAGAACUUCAAAUAAAAUACACAUUUUCAAAGAGCACCAUUUAUAUUGGUAAGUAUUCAUUUACAAACCUUAGAAUGCCAGUCACAGUGUCUUUCUGUGGCUUAGCAAACAUUUGUCUUUUUGCAAGAGUGAUUGUGAUUACAAAACAGGAAGUGAGAAAGCUGCCAGCAGUGAUGGCUGCUUGAGGUAGUCCUUUAUAACUACCGUUUCCCCAAUGAGAUGUGGAAUUUCUUUUAUCUUUGGAAAAUGUUGAGAAGAUAGUAAAAGAAUUAGAAAUUUAAAAUUACAGGGAAAAAUAAUGUAUGUGAAAAGCAAUAAAUAUUUUGUUCACUUUGCUAUCAAGAUGUUCACUAUCAGAUAUUUAUUAUACAGCAGCAAUUUAUAUUUUUAAUCAUUGCCCAUUAAUAGACGCAGUAAAAUAUUUUUGAAUCAGACAUUUGAGGUUUGUAUGUGCAUUAAAAUUGUCUUUUGUACUGUAAGUUACUGUUUAAUUUGAAUAUUUUAUCAGAACUGUCUCCCUGUGCCUUUAUAAGAUAAAGUUGUUUCUACAACUUUUAAUGAUCUUAAUAAAGAAUACUUUAAGAAUCACA